AAAAAACUUUUUUGUAUCGAAGGAAUCAACAGCCGCCAUCUUGUCGUGGCUCGGAAUUAGGAUUUCGGUCCAACACUGGUUUUUACGUAGAAAUCGAGCAUCCUUACCGCGAUAUGACAGCGUCCUUCCCCCGAAAACGAAACCUUAACGUCGCCUCGGAGACAUUUUCUGCGAAAAAACGGGAAUUGGAUCGGUGGUCGUCGGGCAAAAAGGCUCCGUAUAUCUGAUUUCCCCUUCAGAGUGCGGCGAUUCAGCCCCUGUCGCCGUUCGGGAGCAGCAUUGUUUACCGUGGGCAAGCGGAGACCAGGUCGUGACUUUCGAGGUGAUUUGCAAAAAUACAGCAUUUUUAUGCAAUUGUGCAUUUUUGUGGAGCUUCGCGCGAUUUUUGCAUGAAGAAAUUUGACGUCACGCAAAAUGGGUACUUGGAAGAUCUAGAAAUUACGACCUUUCUCCCGGAAUGCAGCAGUCCACCUGAUUUUAUUGGAUUGUCAUUUUGAAGUGUGAUUUUUACAUGGGGGAUAUUUUAUUUCGGGUUAUUUAACGAUAAUAAUGUGGGUGUUGGGUGUUGGAUUAUCAUGGGGUGAAUGGCGGUGGCGAAGCGGGGCGCUAUUGCAUCACUUUUGAAAGACACUGACUCUCACAGCAAGGAGUAACGUUAGCUAACGCUAACAGUUAACUUAGCUGGUAGCAGGCAAUUAGCUAGCUAUUAGCCGGUUAGCUAACGUUAGCAGGCUGCCAGCUUGCUAAUGUGUUAACCGGGAAGGUUCGGGUUGAUAAAACAACUUCCCUGUCAUAAGGUAAAUAUAAUUAUCAACUUAAGCAACAAGACGGACAAGAGAACAACUAUGGCUGAAAACCUGCUGGACGUCGGACCUCCCAACUCAAAGCGGCCGAAGCUCAAUUCACCUGCCCUGUCAGCGUCUGAUGGACCAGAUCUGGGGUCACUAUCCUGGGAUGAUUUGGAGAAUGACCUUCCAGAUGAGUUGAUCCCUAAUGGAGAUCUGAGCUUGAUGGGUGGGAUGCCUUCCAACGGUGGAGCAGCACCUGGAGCUGGUGGGCCAGGUGGCGCCUCUGUUGUACCGGAUGCAGCCGCCAAGCACAAGCAGCUCUCAGAGCUCCUUCGAGCAGGUAGCACCUCCAGUAUCACGGGCGCAGGGCUGAACUCGGCUAGCCCCCAGCCAGGCAAUAUGGGGCCUCAGCUGGGCACACCACUGAGGAAGAGCCCCCUUGGCCAGGGUUCCCCCAACAACCACCCGUCCCCCCAGGCCCAAAAAGCAGGAACCCCAACGGGAGUAGCAGGACAGAACAACAACAAUAACACUGCAACAAUGGGCUUGAACACAACAGGCUUCAACCAAGCCAUGAUUAACAAUAGCCAGGGCCACGCUGGACUCCUGGGCCAGGGAGGGCAAUCCCAACCUGGCCAGGUAAUGAAUGGCGGUCUCGUACCUGAAGCUGGCAGAGGGCGGGGAGCAGGGGUGGCAGGCCUGCAGUACCAGGGACAGACAAUGCAGGGAGCUGCUCCAGGAGGAGCAGGGAGUGCGUUGGCAGAAACACUCACCCAAGGAGGCCAGCAGAUGGGGGCUCAUGCCACCCUCGGUGCAGCCCAGCAGGCAGGCAACAUGAACAAGAUGGGCCUGGGCAGCAAUGGGGGUCCUUUUGGGGCCCAGCCCUACGGUCAGAGUGCCACAGGGCCAGGCCAGCAGCUAAACCCUCAGCAGCAGCUCCAGAACAAGGCUGCCCUCGCCAACAGCCUGCCACCCUUCCCCAGUGAGCUCAAAGGGGCCGCUGUCACUAGCGUGCCAAACAUGCAGCUCCAGCAGCAGCCUCAGCAGCAGGCAGCGAUGCUCCCACUGGCCAGCGGUGGAGGUGUGGCAGUGCCUUCGGCAGGCCCCACAGCCGACCCAGAGAAGCGCAAGCUGAUCCAGCAGCAGCUGGUCCUGCUGCUUCACGCACACAAGUGCCAGCGACGGGAGCAGGCCAACGGGGAGGUGAGGGCCUGCGCUCUGCCUCACUGCCGCACCAUGAAGAACGUCCUCAACCACAUGACCCACUGCCAGGCUGGCAAGUCCUGCCAGGUGGCUCAUUGUGCGUCGUCCAGACAGAUCAUCUCCCACUGGAAAAAUUGCACACGACACGACUGUCCCGUUUGCCUGCCGCUGAAGAACGCCAGCGACAAGCGCACCCAGCAGCCCAUGCUGAGCUCCCCCAAUACGGGCCUCCAGAACCCCAUGUCCUCCGUUGGUGUGGGCCAGCCCAGUGCUCCCACCAUCAAUACCUCAACCCCCAUAGACCCCAGCUCCAUGCAGAGAGCCUACGAGGCACUUGGGCUGCCCUACAGCAGCCAGGCCACUGGGCAGGCCCAGGCCAGGGGGGCCCCUGGGGGCCCAGGACAGACAGCUGGCGCACAGAAUGCACAGGCCCAACAACAGCAGCUUCCACAGCAGAUGAGACCCAUCAAUGCACUUGGUAACCAGAUGGCUCUUGGAGGUGCGACACUGGGCGUGACCACUUCAGAACAGACAAACCUGCACACAGACUCCCUUCCCAACACACUCAACACUAACAAUCAGCUGCUGUCAGACGGGUCAGCUGUGGGCUCAAUGGGCAACCUACCCACAGCAGCACCCAUCUCUGCCACAGGCACCAGGAAAGCGUGGCAUGAGCACGUGACUCAGGACCUGCGCAAUCACCUCGUACACAAACUAGUACAAGCCAUAUUCCCCACCCCUGAUCCGGCAGCUUUGAAGGACAGACGAAUGGAGAACCUGGUGGCCUACGCCAGAAAGGUGGAGGGGGACAUGUAUGAGUCAGCUAACAGCCGGGAUGAGUACUAUCACUUCCUGGCUGAGAAAAUCUAUAAAAUCCAAAAGGAGCUGGAGGAGAAGAGGCGCUCAAGGCUACAGAAGCAGAUCAUCAACCAGGCACCUAUGGUCGCCCAGGGGACCCAGCAGCCUGGCCUUCCAUCGCCCAGUGCCUUUGGCCCAAGGCCGCAGAAUGGACCCGUUCCUCUGCCCAACAUGCCAAAUCAGAUCAUGAAUCGCAUGCAGGUUUCACAAGGAAUCAACCAGUUCAACCACAUGGCUCUGCCCAGCGCCCAGAUAUCCCAGACACCAAUCGGAGCCCGAGCUGCCUCGCCUAUGAACCACCCACAGCAAAUUAACAUGAGCUCCGUCCCAGCGAUGGGCAUGUCUCCCUCCAGGAUGCCCCAGGCCCCGGGCAUGAUGGCCGGACAUGGUGGUGGUAACAUGGUAGGCCAGACAGCCAGCCAGGGUCAAUUUCUGGCUCAGACCCAGUUCCCUCCAGGAUCUACUGCAGUCACUGCAACGGGUGCCAUGAAUGUUACCGUGGGGCCUGGCAUGGGCCAGCCACCUGCACAGGCUGCCGUCACCCAGCAGCAGCAGCAGAGCGCUAACCCCCCCAUGAAUGCACUUGGCCCCUCGCUGGGCCCUCAGCUAGCCUCCUCCCAAACCCCCCCAAAGCACUCCACGCCUCCGCCUGCUGCCUCCUCCGCCUCCACGGCUGGGGGGGCCACUAACCUGCCGCACCCCCAGCCCUCCAGCCGCAGCUCCACCCCCACCCUCCCUGGCCCUGCCCCAGCCCCGGGUUCCCCUGACGUUCAUUUGCUUUUUCGCCUGCAGACUGAGGAAGACUCCGCUUCUACAGUGGUGAAGAAGGAGGAGCCAGAGGAAAAGCCGGAGCCGAUGGAGGUGGAGGAGAAAAAGCCGGAAAUGAAGACAGAACCCAAAGAAGAGGAAGAGGGCGGAGCCAACAGCACAACCUCCUCAUCUCCGUCUCAGUCACGGAGGAAGAUUUUUAAGCCUGAGGAGUUGCGCCAGGCUCUGAUGCCGACACUGGAGUCUCUCUACAGGCAAGACCCUGAGUCGCUGCCCUUCAGACAGCCAGUAGACCCCAUGCUUCUGGGUAUCCCGGAUUACUUUGACAUUGUUAAGAACCCAAUAGACCUGUCCACAAUAAAACGUAAGCUCGACACAGGCCAGUACCAGGAGCCCUGGCAAUACGUUGACGACGUGUGGCUGAUGUUCAACAACGCCUGGCUUUACAACCGCAAGACUUCCCGUGUCUACAAGUACUGCUCCAAGCUGGCCGAGGUUUUUGAGUCAGAGAUCGACCCUGUCAUGCAGGGCCUGGGAUACUGCUGCGGGAGGAAGUACGAGUUCUCCCCUCAAACCCUCUGUUGCUAUGGCAAGCAGCUCUGCACCAUACCUACAGGAGGCACAUACUACAGCUACCAGAACAGGUAUCAUUUCUGUGAGAAAUGCUUCAAUGAGAUCCAGGGGGAGAGCGUGACGUUAGGAGAUGACCCUGCACAGCCACAGACGAUGAUAUCAAAAGACCAGUUUGAACGGAAGAAGAAUGAUGUUCUCGACCCUGAACCGUUUGUUGAAUGUAAAGAUUGUGGACGGAAGAUGCACCAGAUAUGCGUCUUACACUACGAGGUCAUUUGGCCAUCUGGAUUCAUUUGUGACAAUUGUUUAAAGAAGAGUGGAAAAACACGGAAGGAAAACAAGUUCUCUGCAAAACGGCUGCAGUCCACACGAUUGGGAAUGUACAUAGAGGACCGUGUGAAUAAAUACUUGAAGAGACAGAACCACCCAGAGGCCGGAGAGGUGUUUGUGCGAGUGGUGGCGAGCUCCGACAAAACAGUGGAAGUAAAACCAGGCAUGAAAGCCAGGUUUGUGGACACGGGUGAAAUGCCCGAGACCUUUCCCUACAGAACCAAAGCACUUUUCGCCUUUGAGGAGAUUGACGGUGUGGACGUAUGCUUCUUUGGCAUGCACGUGCAGGAGUAUGGCUCCGAGUGCCCAUUCCCCAACACUAGACGGGUCUACAUAUCAUACCUUGACAGUAUUCACUUCUUCAGACCUCGGAUUCUACGAACAGCAGUGUACCACGAGAUCCUCAUUGGCUAUCUAGAAUACGUCAAGAAACUUGGGUAUACCCAGGGCCACAUCUGGGCAUGUCCGCCCAGUGAAGGAGAUGACUACAUCUUCCACUGCCAUCCUCCUGACCAGAAGAUCCCCAAGCCCAAGAGGCUGCAGGAGUGGUACAGGAAGAUGCUGGAUAAGGCCUUUGCUGAGAGGAUUCUGCAUGACUACAAGGACAUCUUCAAACAGGCAACAGAGGACCGUCUGACCAGCGCUAAUGAGCUGCCGUACUUCGAAGGCGACUUCUGGCCCAACGUGCUGGAGGAGAGCAUCAAGGAGCUGGAGCAGGAGGAGGAGGAGAGGAAAAAGGAGGAGAACACUGCUGCCUCCGAAACUCCUGAGGGUACCCCAAGUGACAGCAAAAACGCUAAGAAGAAGAACAACAAGAAGACCAAUAAAAACAAGAGCAGCGUGAGCCGAGCCAAUAAGAAGAAGCCUGGGAUGCCGAAUGUAGCUAAUGACCUAUCCCAGAAGCUGUACGCCACCAUGGAGAAGCACAAAGAGGUGUUCUUUGUGAUCCACCUCCACUCCGGUCCCAUGGCCAACACCCUGCCGCCCAUCGUUGACCCUGACCCCAUGCUCUCUUGUGACCUGAUGGAUGGCCGCGACGCUUUCCUGACUCUGGCCAGGGACAAACACUGGGAGUUCAGCUCCCUCAGGAGGUGCAAGUGGAGCACCAUGUGCAUGCUGGUCGAGCUGCACAACCAAGGACAGGACCGCUUUGUCUACACUUGCAACGAGUGCAAGCACCAUGUGGAGACACGCUGGCACUGCACCGUGUGCGAGGACUUUGAUCUGUGCAUUAAUUGUUACAACGUGAAGGGCCACGAGCACCAGAUGGUGAAGUGGGGCCUUGGCCUGGACGACGACAGCAACGGCCAGAGUGGAGAGGCCUCCAAGAGCCCACAGGAGAGCCGGCGCUUAAGUAUCCAACGCUGCAUCCAGUCCCUGGUCCAUGCUUGUCAGUGUCGCAAUGCCAACUGCUCUCUGCCGUCCUGCCAGAAGAUGAAACGAGUGGUGCAGCACACCAAGGGCUGCAAGCGCAAAACCAAUGGUGGCUGCCCUGUAUGCAAGCAGCUCAUUGCUUUGUGCUGUUACCAUGCAAAGCACUGUCAGGAGAACAAGUGUCCUGUCCCGUUCUGCCUGAACAUCAAGCACAAGCUUCGCCAGCAGCAGCUGCAGCACAGACUCCAGCAGGCCCAGCUGAUGAGGAGAAGAAUGGCCACCAUGCAAGGCAGAACCAUGCCGCUACCGUCCCCACCGGCUUCAGCUGCCCCCAGCACUCCCACUCCCCAUGCCCAGCCCAACACUCCUCAGACACCCCAGCAGCCGCUCUCCAACCAGCCGCAGACCCCCAACUCAGCAGGCGUGAUGUCCCCGACGUUUCCCAAUGCACCUCGCAAUGGCCAGCCUCAAACACCAGUGUCCCAGGGCAAGCCCGGGCCCCAGGCCUCCCCUCUACACCAGCAGCAGUCCCCUCUUCCCCAGCCGCCCCAGCCACCUCAGCAGCUACAGCAGCAGCCUCCCCUUGCUGCAGUCAAGAUGGCACGGCACAUCGAGAUGAUGGCACAGGCCCAGCAGAACCAGCAGAAUUACCGGGUCAACAUGAAUGGCUUACCCAUGAACCCCCAGCAGCCACAGCAGCGCAUGACCGGACCAAUGCAGCCACCUAUGCAGAUGGUGCCAGGGCCACGGGGACCACAGGUCAUGCAACCAGGCAUGGCCCCAGGGCAGUGGCCUGGAGCUGCAGGGCAGAUGCAGGCAGCUCAGACUCAACAACCGGGCCUUGUCCCAGGCCAGACCCCACAGCAGGCCAUGACCAUGCAGCGAGCCAUGAUGGCCCCAGGGCAGCAACCUCAGCAGGGCCAAAGGAUGCUGAUUCCACAGCAGCCUGGUGCCCGUCCACAAACCCCCCAGAGACCUGGUGCUAUUGCACCCAACGCCCUGCAGGACCUUCUGCGCACCCUCAAGUCUCCCAGCUCGCCCCAGCAGCAACAGCAAGUCCUCAACAUCCUCAAAUCAAACCCUCAGCUAAUGGCGGCUUUUAUCAAACAGCGAACAGCCAAGUACCACGCCAACCAGCCGCAGCAAGCAGGUCAGCAACAGCAGCCCGGCAUGCCUACAAUGCAAGCCAUGGCCAUGCCAGGAGGGGCAGUGCAGAGGCCGGGGAUGCCCCCACAGCAGCCUCAGCAGCCUCCUGCGCAGGGCAUGGCUGCAUUAGGGGCACAAGGACAGCUCAUAAACGCAGCACACAACACCAACCCCCAGCUCCAGGAGCUUUACCGUCGGCAGCUCUUAAGACAGCAGCAACAACAGCAGCAGCAGCAACAACAGGGAGUGAUGCCUCAGGGCCAUCCCGGCCAGUUCCCUGCUCAGGCGCAGGGUACGGCAGCUACGUACUCCCAGCUCCGCAUGCAGCAACAGCAGCAGCAGAUAGCCAUGCAGGCAGGUGCAGGAGCCGCUGGGGGACCCAUGGGCCAGCUCCCACCCAUGGCACAGAUGGCUCAGCCCGGCAUGGGGAUAGACUCCACCCAGAACUUACUGCAUCAACGAAUGCUCCAGCAGCAACAGCAGCAGCAGCAGCAGCUUCCCCAGCAGCAGCAGGCCGUCCUCAAGCAGCAGAUGGGCUCUCCCGCCCAGCCCAGCCCCAUGAGCCCCCAGACCCACCUGCUGGCCGGCCAGCCCCAGGGUGGUGCCCACCUCCCUGGCCAGUCCACACUAGCCAACGCCCUCAACAACCAGGUCCGCUCCCCUGCGCCAGUCCAGUCCCCCUGUCCGCCUUCGCAACAGCAGCCCCAGCAGCAGCGGCCACAUUCCAGUCCCUCGCCGCAGGUCCAGAACCAGCCCCAGCCCUCACCGCAGCACCCGCAUCCACCCCACUCGGCUUCCCCGCACCCUGGACUGGGGGGCCCGCUUUCAGGCUCCAUGGAGCAGGGACACUUGGGGACGCCAGAACAAAGCGCCAUGCUACCGCAGCUUAACACGCCCAACAGAGGGGGGCUGAGCAGUGACUUGGGGAUGGUGGGAGAUGCUACAGGGGACACUCUGGAGAAGUUUGUGGAAGGAUUGUAGCAUUUCUGCUGGUAAUUAAAGAACACAAUCUCUCUCCCAGGGACCCAUCCUCCCACUCCUCCUCCUCCUCCUCCUCGUUUCCCCUCAGACUCUUUAUCCCGUUAGAGGGCUUUGUUUGUUCUUUCUAAGGUUGAGAACGUUCUUUUGUACUGACAUGUAAAAAGUUUCAACUGUUGUAAAAAGAAAAUUUGGUCGAGGAAAAAAAAAGAAAAAAAAAAAAGUCAACACUUUGAGGGAAUGUAAUUGUUUCCUGAACCCAAGUGAGGGGUAUUUCUUCCUUAAGAUGUUGAGGGAUUUGCAAGUUGCUUCUUAAAUGAAAUUUAAAUCACAAAGAAUAUAUUUUUUGGUUGAGACCAAAUGUGUUCAAUACUCAACUUAUUUUUUGGUUUGUUUUUGGUAUGGUUUCAUGCCUUUCUCGUUUCUUUUUUUUUUUCUUUUUUUUUUUUUAAGAAAAUGUACAAUUGCAUUAUAUUAUUCAUAUCUUUUUAUUUUGUACCUUUGGAAAAGAAACUUAAAGCAUUUUUGUGUUGAAACUGUAAAAUAAUUUGUCUGGGAAUUGGGCCAGGUUUUCGUUCUCUUCUCAAGCUGUCAUUCCUGGCAAUUGUAAUCAAGUGUUGUACCAUUACUCCAAGACGUUGCGUUCAGGGACCGCUCCCCUCUUCUUUGUGUGUAUGAAGAGCACUCAGUUGUAUUGAAAUAGGAAAUGGACUGCGGCAGGUUGUGUAUACACGGGCAUGUAUACAGGCGCACAUGAAGACACUGACACAAACCCUCAGAGUCACUAAAAUAACUACAACUCCGACUGGUUUCACAAACACAGACGACAAGGACUGCAUCCUACAUCUCAGUGGCCUGGAAUUUGGAUAAAUCUGUCUUGCAGGUGUGGAACAUUGUUGCUUUGACAUUAAAAAGAAUUUGUCAUACCUUUUUUGUCAUACAAAUGUUGUAAAGUGUAAAGAGAGUGUGAGAAAGAGACCAGCCCCCUAAGCUGAGGUGGAAUGAUCACCGGUUGUUUGUAGGCCACAUCUCUGAUGACGCCCCAUCCUCUAAAUUUUACACUAAGCCGUGUGCGAUCUAGGGAUGAAGGGCUUGUUUGAGAUUCACCCUGAGGAAAACUAAAUGUUAUCAACCCUCAUUCCUCUCUCACAAAAACUUGAAUUAGGGGGGAUUUACUUUUUCUCCUAUUGUAAAUCAAGUUAUUAAGCAAAAUACUAUAAAUAUAAGGAAGAGAGAAUGAAAUCACUGUAUAAACUGGUUAAAAGACUCAUUUCUUACUUAUAUACCAUAUUGUUAAAUAAACUGUGUGCAACAGAAGAACUCCAGUACUCUGUUGACUCAAUAAUGAGGCA